CACCGAUUCAAAAUUCACCAAAUUCUAAUACUAUAAAUAUAAAUAACAAGGAGUGAUAGUAAGUCCAGUCCUCUUCCUUCGCCUCCAGAACAUUUCCGGAAUCGAUCUCAGAUUUUCUGAAUUUCGAUUCCAUCUGAAUCCCAAAUUGCAAGAGAACCAGAGAAAAAGGAAGCAAGGGGCUGGAAAUAGCAAUGGCGAGGUCUCUUUCUAGCCUCGCAUAUCCGGAAAGAUUUUACGCCGCGGCAGCCUACGCUGGCUUUGAUGGAUCUCCCGCUUCUUCUGUGAGCUCAAAGUUCUCUAACGACGUCGCUCUCCUUCUCUACGCCCUCUAUCAACAGGCGACAGUAGGACCCUGCAAUAUUCCCAAGCCCAAAGCAUGGAGUGCUGUUGAGCUAAGCAAAUGGAGGAGCUGGAAUGAGCUAGGAAACAUGGUAUCUACUGAGGCAAUGCGACUCUUUGUCAAAAUAUUGGAGGAAGAACAUCCAGGAUGGUAUUCAAGAGCCUCGAACUUCAUAAUGGAGCCUGCUGUGGAUGUUGAAAUGAAUGUGAGUCUGCUUACAGUGCAAAAUGCAAAAGUUGACUUAGUCACUGAGAAUGGAAACAAUAUUCCAGAGGUGAAGACAAUUCCAGCUGAAAAUGGAAACCUAUCAGAAACUCAGGAUUUGGAAGUUGUAUCUGAAGGCUUUGGUGCGGUUGGUGUCUAUGAUCAAUGGGUUGCACCUCCAGUAUCUGGUACACGCCCAAGAGCGCGAUACGAGCAUGGAGCUGCUGUUAUUGAUGACAAAAUCUAUAUAUUUGGUGGAAACCAUAAUGGUCGUUACCUUAGUGAUCUCCAGGUGUUGGAUUUAAAGAGCUGGACGUGGACGAAGGUUGAAGUUAAAGCAGGGAUUGAGGCUUCUCCUGCAACUGUGACUCCCUGCGCAGGCCAUUCCUUGAUAGCGUGGGAAGGAAAUAAGCUUCUUUCGGUAGGAGGACACACCAAGGAUCCUUUGGAAACUAUGCAAGUGAAGGUGUUUGAUCUGCAAAAUGGUAGCUGGUCAACCUUGAAGACUUAUGGAAAGCCACCAGUUUGUCGUGGUGGACAAUCAGUAACCCUCGUGGGGACAAGCUUGGUGAUAUUUGGUGGACAAGAUGCAAAGCGAUCUCUUUUGAAUGACCUGCACAUUUUGGACUUGGAGACAAUGACCUGGGAUGAAGUAGAUACCUUGGGAGUGCCACCUUCUCCAAGAUCUGAUCACACUGCUGCAGUGCAUGCGGAGCGCUACCUUCUUAUCUUUGGAGGAGGUUCACAUGCUACCUGUUUCAAUGAUUUGCAUGUUCUGGAUUUGCAAACUAUGGAAUGGUCAAGACCUACACAACAAGGCGAAAUUCCGAGUGCCCGAGCUGGACAUGCAGGUGUGACAGUUGGAGAGAACUGGUUUAUUGUUGGUGGUGGUGACAAUAUGAGUGGGGUCUCUCAAACUGUUGUCCUCAACAUGUCUACCUUAGUUUGGUCAGAGGUAACAAGUGUUCAAGGACGUGUUUCAAUUGCUAGUGAGGGCUUGAGUUUGGUUUUGAGUUCCUAUAAUGGUGAAGACAUCCUGGUCUCCUUUGGAGGAUACAAUGGGCGAUACAGCAAUGAGGUCAAUGUUCUUAAACCCAGCCACAAAUCAACUUUGCAAUCAAAGAUGAUGGAGACUCCAGUACCUGAUAGCGUGUCUGCUGUGCAUAACGCUACAAACCCCACUAGAGAUAUGGAGUCUGAGUUUGAAACAGGUCAAGAUGGGAAAAUAAGGGAGAUCAUAAUGGAUUCAGAGCCCACGAUUAAAAAAGUUGAAGAAACCAGUGAGCGCCUUAUAUCAGCUCUUAAAGCAGAGAAGGAUGAACUAGAAUCUUCUCUCAGCAAGGAGAAACUUCUAACACUCCAGCUGAAGCAGGAGUUGACGGAUGCAGAGACUCGCAAUACAGACCUUUACAAGGAGCUCCAGUCCGUACGAGGCCAGCUUGCUGCUGAACAAUCUAGAUGCUUCAAGCUCGAGGUUGAUGUCGCAGAGCUGCGGCAGAAGCUACAAAACUUGGAGUUACUGCAAAAAGAACUUGAAAUCCUCCAGCGGCAAAAGGCUGCUUCCGAGCAAGCUGCUUUAAGUGCAAAACAGAAGCAGAGCUCAGGAGGGGUAUGGGGAUGGCUUGCAGGAGCUCCUCCCAACCAAAGCGCUGAUAAUGCAUAGAAGAUUAGUACUUCAAUAGUUGUGAUUGCUCGGUCCCAAAAUAGUCAAGUUUCCGUACAAUUAUCCUUGCCAUUAACCCUUUUGAUUUCAUAGAUCAAUAAGCAAUAUAAUUACUUCCUUAGCCGGCGUUAACUUAGGGAGGUCUUCAUCAUCAUUAUAUACAAAGGUAGAAUCCCAGUCUCUGUAAUUAUUUUUGGUUGCCAGUUCCAUAUAUGUUUUACUCAUUCAUUAGUUACUUUUAUGCGGAGAUGAAGAAUUUUGUGAGAGGUGUAUUCAUCUAUUCUUUUUUAGUAAUUGAAAUUUGAAGAACGAUUGGGAGA